AUGCAGGCCUCAUCCUGUGAUAAAGGAAACAGUAGCUUGAAUCAAAGCUCCAUCCAACAAGGGAUUCAGAGCAUUUUUGAUGUCCUUGAGAAUCCAAGAAUAUCAGUGGUGGAAAAGAUCCAGGGAUGUGCCUAUUGUGGGAAAAGCACAGAUUGUAGAUCACAGCUGAAUAUUCAUGAGAGGAUCCACACUGGAGAAAAGCCAUAUCAAUGCUCCCAAUGCACCAAAAGCUUUGGUCAGAACAGCUCACUUUUGGUUCAUGGAAGGACUCACAUCAGAGAGGAGCCCUACCAGGGCUCCCAAUGCGGCAAAAGCUAUAGCGAGCCAGGCAAGCUGAUAAUACACCAGAGGACUCACACUGUGGAGAAACCAUUUGAGUGUCCGGAUUGUGGGAAAGGUUUCAGAGAGAAACCUUAUAAGUGUCCGGUUUGUGGGAAAAGUUUCAAUCGGAAUUUUGAGCUGGUGAUUCACCAGAGGACUCACACAGGAGAGAAACCGUAUGAAUGUCCAGAUUGUGGGAAAAGUUUCAGUCAGAAUUCCAAUCUGGUGAUACACCAGACAACACACACAGGAGAGAAACCAUAUGAAUGUCUGGUUUGUGGAAAAAGUUUUCGUCGGAAGUCCCACCUGGUGAUACACCAGAAAACUCACACAGGAGAGAGACCGUAUGAGUGUCCAGAUUGUGGAAUAAGUUUCACUCAGAAUUCUGAUUUGGUGAGACACCAGAGUACUCACACAGGAGAGAAACCAUAUGAAUGUCCAGAUUGUGGGAAAAAAUUUAGUCGAAAUUCCAGCCUGGCAAUACACCAGAGGACUCACACAGGAGAGAAAGCAUAUGGGUGCCCAGAUUGUGGGAAAAGUUUCAGUCAGAAUUCUCAUCUGAUGACACACAAGAAGAUUCACAAAGGAGAGAAACCAUAUGAGUACCUGGUGAUACACCACAGAAGUCACACAGGAGAGAAACCAUAUGAGUGUCCAGAUUGCGGGAAAGAUUUUAGUACUAGGUCUAGUCUUAUAAAUCAUGUAGGUAUACAUACAGGGGAGAAACCAUUCAGAUGCCUGGACUGCGGGCGACGCUUCACAAAAAAUUCCUCCCUUACUGCGCACAAGAAAACCCACAUGAUGCAGGAGGUGAUAAGUUUAGAGAAGUCUUGA